UCUAAUCUGGAUGGGAAGAUGACCAUGCAGAACCUCAAUGAUCGCCUGGCCAGCUAUCUAGACAAAGUUCGAUGUCUGGAAGAGGAAAAUGCUGAGCUUGAGUGCCGAAUCAGAGAAUUUUAUGCCAAGCAAGGCCCUUUGUGUGAACCAAAGGACUAUGGUCAUUACCAUCAGCAAAUUGAAGAUCUUAAAAACCAGCUUAUUUGUGCAAGUGUGGAGAAUAACAAACUCCUUCUGUGCAUUGAUAACAGCAAACUGACUGCUGAUGAUUUCAGAUCCAAGUAUGAGACGGAAUGCUGCCUCCGUCAGAAUGUAGAGGCUGAUAUCAAUGGACUACAUCAAAUCCUGGAUCAGCUGACUGCCUGCCGAUCUGAUCUGGAUAUACAGUGUGAGAACCUGCAAGAUGAACUAUGCUGCCUAAGGAAAAACCAUGAAGAGGAAGUUACCUGCCUGAAGAACCAGGCCUCUGGAGAUGUCAGUGUGGAAGUGAAUGCCUGUCCUGGGCCAGAUCUUAAGAAAAUCCUGGAGGAGAUGAGAUGCAAAUAUGAAUCAAUGAUUGAAGGAAACCGCAAGGAAGUGGAAGCAUGGUAUGAAUCCAAGAUUGAGGAGGUGAAUCGUGAUGUCUGCACUAGCAGUCAGGAGAUUGAAGAAAGCAACAACAAAGUCACUGAAUUAAGACGCCAACUACAAGCCCUGGAGAUUGAGUAUGAUGCCCAGUGCAGCCUGAGGGACACCCUGGAAGCUUCCCUGGGUGAAACUGAGCUUCGCUAUAACAGUCACUUGGCUGAGCUCCAGGACCGCAUCUCCUGUCUAGAGCAGCAGUUGGCAGAACUGCGGUCAGAGAUGGAAUGCCAGAACCAUGACUACACAGAGCUCCUGGACGUCAAAAGCCGCUUGGAGAAAGAGAUUGCCACCUACCGCGGCUUGCUGGAAGGGGGACAACAUGACAUUGUUGGUGGUGGAGGAGUCAAUAGAAGCAGCAGUACAUCAGGUGCAAGAUCCAGUGAAGCUCGGACACCACACACUUAUGUGACCCAUUCAUGCCAUGCAGCCCAUUUGCAUCACUAGAUGACAUGAAUAUGAGACAGCUGCAGGAGAAGGGACAGCGGGUCCCUUGCCCCCAAUGAAGCAUUCCUGAUAGUUCUUCCAACCUUCUGUCGCUUUACUAUCCCGUGGUAUUUUCAAAGCGGAUGUGAGGGUGUCCACUCCACUAUCUCCUGCUGAGUCUUUCCCAUUUUUCUGCAACAUAGCAUUGUUUUUUU